AUGUCCAAUUUUCGUUAUAUCGAUACCACCGCUGCUUCAUUCGUCCUAGCUGAUGGUGUUAUCCCUCUUCAAAGCAAUGGUUCAGUGGAACUUUCUAUGCAAUUUGGUAAUGAACUCAUCCAUUUUCGUACUUUCGUUAUCAACAAACUUUGCGUCGAUCUUAUUAUUGGCAUGGACUUUCUCAUCAUAUGUAAUGCCAACAUUGAUGUGAAGUCUCAACAUUUAUCAUUAGAAAUUUCCGGUCGUCGUACAUCUACUCGUCUUGAUGAUCACUUUCGUCGCCCCUUAAUUCCGCUUCACGCAAGCCAGUCUACUUUUGUUCCUCCUCAUUCAACGGUUGCUAUUUUAGUUUCUACUCCAAUAUCGUCAUUAUCUACCUAUUUUAUUCCUACCUCAAAAUUUAUUGAACAUCCUUAUCUCUCGUCUACUCGAAAACUUGUUACCACUCAUCAUCAUCAUUCGUGUUUACUUGCUACCAAUUCAUCUAAUGUUCAACAAUAUAUACCAGAAUUUUUCUGUUUUGGUUAUCUACUUAGCAAGCAGGCUAAAGAACCGAAUUUUCUCAAUCAAAUCGCACUUUUAUGUCGUCGUUACAACGAGAAGAAAAAUCAACAAACUUCAUCUCCUACUUUCACGCAUCCUCAACUACCACAACGGAUUUUUAAUGAUCCAACGCGUCUUUAUCGUCCGAUAUCUUCGAUAAACCAGGUGACACCUAACACUCUUCCUUCUUAUUAUUCUUCUCAAUUUUUAGAAACUCGACAUCUAUUAACGAAUCAUCUACUUGAUCAUCAAGAAAAAUCCCGAUUGUCGACACUUCUUGCUCAAUUUUCGCAGCUUUUUGACAAUUCUCGCCGCAAUAUUUCCAAUAUAGUUGUCGAAAAUGUUUUCAAUACUGUUCCACAUACUCCACCGUCUUUCCGACCUCAUCGCAAUCCACAUCAUCGUGAAGAAACACAACGUCUUAUUGAAGAGUUUCUUGAAGCCGGUAUUAUUCAAGAGUCAAACUCACCUUAUGCAACACCAGCGUUUAUCGUCCCUCGAAAAGACGGUCGUCCGGGUCGACUAGUUGUGGAUUAUCGAGCGUUAAAUAAAAUUACUGUUCCCGAUGCUAGCUCUUUGCCUCAUACCGAGGAUCUAUUGCAGGAACUUGAUGAGGGGUACAAAUAUUUUAGUCGCCUUGAUCUCAAAUCCGAUUACCACCAGUUUCUUCUACCGCCAGCUGAUCGUCCAAAGACGGCAUUUGUCGUGUCUCAAGGUCAUUAUGAAUUUCGUGAACUUUCCAUGGGACCCCAAAAUGCACCUGCUGCAUUUCAAAAGAUUAUGUCCAAGCUUAUGCAACCCUGUCGCGCGUUUUGUCAUGUCUUCCUCGAUGAUAUCAUCAUUUGUUCCAAAUCAUUCGCCGAACAUAUACAUCAUUUGAAGUCGGUCUUUGAAACUCUUGCUAAAGAAAAACUUCUGCUCAACGCUUCGAAAUGCGAACUUGCUGUACAACGUGUUGUCGUCAUCGGUCAUAAAGUCUCUGAAACAAAAUUUGUUCCUAAUUUUGGUCAUAUCGCUGCACCAAUCCACAAAAUCUCUAAUUUGACUAAAGACCGACGACAUAUUUUCAAAUGGACAGUGGAACAAUCGAAUGCAUCCCAUACUCUCAAACGUUUACUUACAACCGCUCCACUUUUUCUUCAUUUUCCCGUCGACGGUUUUCCACUGCACUUAGCUACUGAUGCGAGUGGCAUUGCAACUGGUGGUGUUUUAUUUCAAAAUGUCAACGGCCAACGUCAUAACCUUUUUUAUCACUCAAAAGUUUUCUCGCCAGUAGAACAAAAAUAUUCGGUUCCCGAAAAAGAAGCUUUAGCCAUUUUUCACUGCUUACAACUUAUGCGAACUCUAGUUUUAGGACGAACAGUUUAUAUACAUACUGAUCAUUGUUCCAUAUGUGGCACGUUACAAAAACCUGUGAGCAAUCGUCGUAUUGAACGUGUAGCAAACUUAAUUCAAGAAUAUCGUAUUGCUGAAAUGAAGCAUAUUGAUGGUAAGAGUAUUUGCCUUGCUGAUUAUCUUUCUAGACCUGCCGAUGAUCCACUUUUUGAUGUUGAUUACGGUCUCGAAAGCAAACUUCCAUGUUCCAGUUCAUCACAUUUACACACUCCUCCUAAGCCGUCAGUGAAUAUUGUUGCUCCAAUGAUACUUCGUCCUCGACAGAAAUUUCCAUCACUAGGUGUAUCUGAUUUGGAUAAAGUCGAUGAUCAUUCCGAUGCUUCGUCUUGUUCUUCUGAAGAUUCGUUUACCACUUGUUCACCAAUUAUCACAACAACUCCUUCUCCAAAUCUUUUCGAUCCAAGUCAAUUGUCUCAUGAACAGGCUCAGGAUUCCAAUAUUCGUAGUAUUAUUUCUCAAUUAAAUCAAAACGUACCUUGUGAUUCUAUAUUGUCUUCGUCGUUUAUUAUGAAAAACGGUAUUCUUCACAAACUUAUUGCUCUUACUCCCAAAUCCAAACUUCGAUUAUCCGUACCUUAUCUUCCUUCGUCGAUGGUUCGAUCUCUCCUUACUGCAAUACAUGAUGAUCCCUUCCAAGGUGGGCAUUUUUCAAUUGAUUAA